AUGAAGAGGUUACAGAAAUUUUGUUACUGCGCAUCGACGCGGACUGGCACGCUGAUCACAGCGUUCCUUGGAAUCGUGCUCUCUAUAGCCACCAUAAUUAUAGUAUGGGUUGUAAAGAAGCAUAGGAUCACAUUCAGCACAUUCAUCUUUGAUGAAGACUUCGAUAGGAAACUUUCAGACUUAGACAUUCCGAGGAUAAUAUUAACAAUUAAUUUAUGCUUCACCAUACUGAUAUGCACGCUACUGAUGAUAGCAGUACAUAAACGGCGGUCAUGGCUAAUGCUUCCGUGGGUAGUGCUGGGAAUCGUGCUGGCCAUCGGCCUUCUGAUCAGCGUGCUGCAUACCUCCAUCACUUACUAUCUCGACAAGGAAGACCACGUCAUUCUCGCUACAAUCAUAUUGAUUGGUGGACUUCUAUAUUUAUGUCUGUACCUCUACCUAUGGGCAGUGGUGUUCAGUCAUUACCUGGACGUCCGUGACGAAGAAGAACGAGGUCGAUACAGAAAGGCUCCCUACAGACGAUAA